AUGAAGGAGAUCCAUGAUCAAGUGCGGUUGGCACUCCAAAAAAGUUAUCAGAAGUACAAGGAGAUUGCUGAUAAAAAGAGAAGAGAUGUCCAAUUUCAAGUGGAUGAUAUGGUGUGGGUGUAUCUGAGGAAGGAAAGGUUGCCAAGGGGGAAGCACACUAAGUUACUCAUGAAGAAAGUGGGUCCUUGUAAAGUAUUGAAAAAGCAUGGGUUGAAUGCCUAUGAGAUUUCUCUUCCUCCCGAUCUUGGUAUUUCUCCUAUUUUCAAUGUAUGUGAUCUAACACCAUAUAAAGAAAAUGUUGUUGUAGGUGCUGAUGUUCAGAUUGAAGAAGUCCAAGAAGAUAUGGCUGGCAUACCCUAUCAUGCACCCAAGAAAUUUGAGAAGAUCAUUGAUGAGAAAGUCCUAAAAAAGACCAAGAACAAAGAGUACAAACAAUAUCUUGUUAAGUGGGUUGGACAACCUAUUGAAGAGGCUAUAUGGAUGGAUGAGAGUGACAUUCUAAAGCAUGGUUCAUCAUUGGCACAGCUUAUCUCAACUGGACUUGAGAUCAAUCCACCCCGGGAGUAUGGUGCAGGAGCACUCCCUCAAACAACCUCUCAUUCCUCUCAUUAG